AUGGGUCUCGUGGGUGGCUCAAUUUUCCAGGCAUUCUCUGGCUAUAAGCACGCUGCUAAAGGACAAAAAUUGAUCGGAAUGCUCAGGGAAGUAAGGAUGCGAAGUACAAUUACUGGUGUCCAGUUUGCUGCAUGGGGUGGAAUGUUCAGUACGAUAGAUUGCGGACUGGUUGCUAUUCGGAAAAAGGAGGAUCCUUUUAACUCAAUUGCUUCGGGUGGUUUGACUGGUGCUUUGCUGGCCAUUCGUAGUGGCCCAAAAGUGAUGGCUGGCUCGGCUAUACUCGGUGCGGUGAUUCUAGCAAUGAUUGAGGGCGUAGGCCUGAUAACUACACGGUGGAUGGGCUCUAUGGUGGACCCAACAGCACCUCCUCCGGAGGCUCUGGACGAUCCCAGAAAUUUGCCUCCUCCGAAGAGUCAUGCGGAGCCCGGUUUGCAUGAUAGUCAUUCUACGAUGCCGUUUGGUCUUCCAUCAGCACUUCCAAAUAUGUCCUAA